AUGUCUACUUCUGCAAGCACUUCUACUGAUCCUUCAUUUGUGAGAGAAAGAGGAGAAUUUAAAAUUUGGGAAAUCGAGGAGGAUCUUAAUAUAACUCUACAAAAGGGAAUUGGCCAAGAUGUAUUUAAUAACCACCCUGAAGCUCCUGCUCAAGGAUCAGGUGAAAUUAGUAUAACCCAACCAUUUUGCAAGAACGUUGUGAGUGAAAUCAAUGAUAGCGUAAAUUCUAUGAAAUCAGUUAAUUUACGUGUAUAUGGAGAUGUUAGCGUCUGGGAGAAAGAUCAAGUUUACGCUGAUAUAAUAAUUGGCUCUACCGAUUUCCACAAAGAAUUGACAGAUAACCCACCUGAUUUAUUAAAGGGUUCAAAAGUAAGCGAAGGGAAAGGUCAACUAAUAAAAUAUGCCAAGUUAUACCUUUCAGCGAGUCCACGUCUAACAAACGUUUUCUAUGGAUGUUUAACCGAUGGGAAGAUUUGGCAAUUUGUGAAAAUCCAGUUUAUGUUAGAUGAACUAAAAGUGAUAUUUGAGGAAAGUCCCACUUAUGAAUGGAGUGAGAAGAUAGCCUCACUUAUCGCCGGCAUAAUUGAGCGUUAUCAUGAUGACCUGUCUAUGAGAGUUUCUGGCGAAAAAAAAGAAUCUCAAAAUAACAAUGAAACGUAUAUGUAUAGAAAUAAGUCAUCAAUUUCUACUGAAAGUCUCUUGGCUUCUUUCAUCGAAGAGGGUAUCUACAUCAGAUCAUACUCUGGAAAUCAUGGCAUCCAUGUGCAGAUUAUAUCUCACCUUGGAAAUGGAAGAGAGUGUAUAGUUUUUUUGGCACAAGUACGUGAUUAUGGAAUAAAGGAUGCUAUUUUGAAGAUUGAAGUUCGCAAAGAUAGUGAAAUCUCUCAAGUUUAUCGUGAAAUAUCAGCGUUGCAUGGACUAGGUGGUCUUUCUUGCAUUCCCAAAAUUCUCUUCGAAGAUGAUUAUACAAUUUUUCACAUAAUUCUGGAUCUAUUAUCGUGCUUGGAGAAGAUACAUGCCCGUGGUUACACACAUGGAGAUGUGGCCAUACGAAACGUCAUACAGAGAAAUGGUCAUUUCUAUCUUAUUGAUUUCGGCCUUGCAACUCUGUUGCAACUUCACUCCGAUCCAUAUAAGUUGGAGGGAGAGUUAAAAUCACUUGUUGUGUUUGUCGAGAAUGCAAGUAGGUGGAAAAUAACUGAUGAAGGGAAGUGGUUAGAAAAAUUUGGUGCUAUAGUUAAACCAUCUUAUGAGAGAUCAUCUAGGGAGGCAUUAUUGGAAAUAACUGAAAAUAUUAAUAAUUCAUGA